AUGUCUCACGACAACAACGGUUCUCCAGACCAAACAACAACCCCGCAAGCUGAGGAUGUUGUUGUUGUUUCCGAUGUGAAUGUUCCACACAAUGAAAAAACAACUACUGUUCUCUUAGAAUCAGUUCCAGUUGUUGAAUCUGUCACUCUAGAGACUCAUCUCUCCAAACCCAAUACCGACUCACCCGGUGAUACUGAGACUUUCGAUUUCAAGAAAGAAGAAACCACCAAACCUUCUCAACCUGAUCGUUCUGAAAAUGAAAACAAGCCACUCCAAGAGCUUAAGAAUCUCGUUCAACAAGCACUCAACAACCAUGAAUUCUCUUCCUCGGCCAUAAUUGAAGAUAAACCACCCACCAACAUUGUUGCUGAAGCGGAUAAAGAAGCACCUGCACAACAAAAGGUGGAGGAGGAAGCUGCACCAGCCAAAGAGGAAGAAAAAGAACAAGAGGAUGGAGAUAAGAAGGAAGAAGAAGCGAAGGAAACCAUGGUGGAAAAAGAACAACAAGAAGGAGAUAAGAAGGAGGAGGAGGUGAAGGAAACCGUGGUAGCUUCUGUGGAGGACGAUGGAGCAAGAACUGUAGAAGCUAUAGAAGAAAGUGUAGUUGCCGUUUCUUCAUCUGUUCCUGUUCCUGUUUCGCAAGAGCCCGUUGAAGAGAAAGUUGAACCAAAAAAUGAAGCUACAUUGUCAUUACCACCAGAAGAAGUAUCCAUUUAUGGGAUACCACUUCUUGCAGACGAAAGAAGCGACGUGAUCCUGUUGAAGUUUCUCUGUGCAAGAGAUUUCAAGGUGAAAGAGGCUUUCACCAUGAUCAAAAACACAAUUCGCUGGAGAAAAGAAUUCGGAAUAGAGGAGUUGUUGGAUGAGAAACUGGGUGAUGAAUUGGAGAAAGCUGUUUACAUGCAUGGAUUUGAUAAGGAAAAUCACCCUGUGUGUUAUAACAUAUAUGGUGAAUUUCAGAACAAGGAAUUGUAUAAGAAAACAUUUUCUGAUGAGGAGAAGAGACAGAAUUUCCUUAGAUGGAGAAUUCGGUUUCUUGAGAAGAGUAUUAGGAAUUUGGAUUUUAAGAAUGGUGAUGCAUGUACUAUUGUUCAUGUCAAUGAUCUUAAGGAUUCACCUGGACCUGGAAAAUGGGAACUUAGACAAGCUACCAAACAAGCCCUUCAAUUGUUUCAAGACAAUUACCCUGAGUUCGUGGCAAAACAGGUGUUUAUCAAUGUGCCAUGGUGGUAUUUGGCUGUGAAUAGAAUGAUAAGUCCUUUUCUUACACAAAGAACCAAAAGCAAGUUUGUCUUCGCCGGGCCUUCAAAAUCAACUGAGACCCUUUUAAGCUACAUUGCUCCGGAGCAACUUCCAGUGAAAUAUGGUGGAUUGAGCAACGAUGGUGAAUUUGGAAAUUCAGAUGCUGUUACUGAGAUUACAAUAAAGCCAACAUCAAAACAUACUGUGGAAUUUGCUGUUACUGAGAAAUGUUUAGUGUCUUGGGAGGUGAGAGUAAUAGGGUGGGAAGUAAAGUAUGGUGCAGAAUUUGUACCAAGCAAUGAAGAAAGCUAUACUGUGAUUGUUCAAAAGGAUAGAAAAGUGAGUUCAUCAGAAGAAGCAGUGCUUUGCAACAGUUUUAAAGUUGGUGAACCUGGGAAAGUUGUUCUCACCAUUGACAACACAAGUUCUAGGAAGAAAAAGCUCUUGUACCGCUUCAAGACCAAGUCGGACUGA